UUAAGUGCUAUUUGGUAAACAGGUUGCGGUUUUUUUUCUGCAAAUAAGCCCUUUUAGAAUUUAUUAUUUGCAUAUAUUUCGUACCCAUAUCAGCUCGACUUGGAGCUUCCAACGGCCACAAAUGGCCACCGCUUCCUCCUCCUCCUUCACCUUCAACUCUCUGCAUCAAAAGCACCAUACUUUGCCCCUUAAUUUCUGUAAGUACCCAUCUACUCUCCAUGUUUUCAGAUUCCAUUACACUUCUCGUUUUCUCAUUUUCUCACCUCUCAAACACAUAACGCAACUUUCUCAACUUCUUCUGGUUAAAGAUAAUGUUAGACAUGUAGUUGGAAAGUUGAAUGCCACUGACCAUCAACCAUAUACAAAAACUAUACAUUCGAGAACUCUAAAAGGAAAUAGUAAUGGAGUUUCGCAUUUGAGGUCUAUAGAUGAUGAUAAGGUUGGUAAAAAUUCUGGAAAAAAGUAUGUCAGUUCGGUAGCUGAGGAAAAGACUGAAAAUAAUAUCAACAAAGCCAAAAAUGGGAGGAGAAACCAGGGAUUGAGAAAAGUGAGGGAAUUGAAUGAUGGGAAUUCUUCUGUGAAAUCUAGAGAAAAGGAUGGUAAAGCUGGUAAUGUCAAAAGUGGUAAGCAAGUGGGAGAAGAGAAGGGAAAAAAGUCUAAGAAAAGUAAAGAAGAAGAUACUACUCCUGAAGUUCCUUUUAGACUUCGAUUAGAUAUGUGUUCAAAGAGAGGAGAUGUCACGAGUGCAAUUCAGUUGUUUGAUUUGGCUCAAAGAGAAGGAAUCAAACUUGGGCAGUAUCAUUAUACUGUACUAUUAUAUCUCUGUUCUUCUGCAGCUGUGGGUAUUGUUCGUCCUGCUAAAAGUGGAAGCGCUACUCGGACUUUGGAUACUAUGGGCUCCUCUGGUGAUUUUUCUGAGUCAAGUUCUGUGGAUUUGGCUAAAUCAAGAGACUUGGGUAGUAGUGGUUUGGAUGAUAACAAACUAAAUGUUUCAAUUUCAGACAGUGGACAUUUAGUUAAUACUGGUGGAAGUGAUGGGAUUGCUGAGGGUGAUGAGUUAAGUUCUAGUGAUAGACUUGACGAUUCGGAUGGUACUUUCAAUGAAAGGGAGAAGCUAAACUGGUUUUGUAAUGGCUUUGUGAAGCGAAAUUAUCGUGUCUUAGAUGGACUAAGUCAUCCUACUGAAGGAGAAUAUGAAAAUGCACGUGGGAAAGGUGGAAGCAAGAACAAAGAAGGUAAGAAUAUGUGGGUAGGGGAAGAAGCCAAGCAAUAUGCACGAAAGAGGGGAUUCGAGAUCUAUGAGAAAAUGUGUUUGGAAAACAUUCCAAUGAAUGAAGCUGCAUUGACUUCUGUGGCUAGAAUGGCAAUGUCAAUGGGUAACGGUGACAUGGCAUUUGAUAUGGUGAAACAAAUGAAGUCACUGGGGAUAAAUCCUAGACUGCGUUCCUAUGGCCCUGCUUUGUCUGCUUUCUGUAGUAGUGGAGAAAUUGAUAAAGCAUUCGCUGUCGAGCAACAUAUGUUGAACCAUGGUGUCUAUCCAGAAGAGCCUGAACUACAAGCUCUUUUGAGAGUAAGUGUAGGGGUAGGUAAGGGGGAUAAAGUAUAUUACUUGCUGCAUAAACUAAGGGCAAGUGUAAGGAAGGUCUCACCCUCAACUGCAGAUUUGAUUAUUAGCUGGUUUAAUAGCAAAACGGCUUCAAGAGUGGGGAAAACAAAAUGGGAUCAAAGGCAAAUAAACAAAGCAAUUGAGAGUGGAGGGGGCGGCUGGCAUGGCCAGGGCUGGCUAGGAAGAGGAAAGUGGUCUGUGUUGCAAACAAGUAUUGGUGCUGAUGGUUUGUGCAGAUGUUGUGGGGAGAAAUUGGUUACUAUUGACCUUGAUCCCAAAGAAACAGAAAGCUUUGCUGAAUCAGUUGCUUCAAUAGCCAUAGAGAAAGAGAAACAUUCAAACUUUCAGAAAUUUCAAAAAUGGCUUGAUUAUUAUGGACCUUUUGAAGCAGUGAUCGAUGGAGCUAAUGUUGGACUUUUCAGCCAAAAGAUAUUCAGGCCAUCCAAGAUCAAUGCUGUCGCUAAUGGUAUAAGACAGAAGUUUCCUUCAAAGAAAUGGCCACUCAUUGUUUUGCAUAACAGACGUGUCUCUGGACCCAAGAUGAAUGAACCAGCCAACAGGGCAUUCAUAGAUAGGUGGAAAAAUGCCGAUGCACUCUAUGCAACGCCUACAGGCUCAAAUGAUGAUUGGUACUGGUUGUAUGCAGCUAUAAAGUUCAAAAGCUUACUCGUGACAAAUGAUGAGAUGCGAGACCACACAUUUCAACUCCUUGGAAAUGAUUUCUUCCCCAGAUGGAAAGAAAGGCAUCAAGUGCGUUUCACUUUUUCUGAUGCUGGUCCAGAAUUUCACAUGCCGCCUCCUUGCUCUGUUGUAAUCCAGGAAUCAGAAAGAGGCCACUGGCAUAUACCUAUAUCGACCGAACAUGAAUAUGAAGUAGAGAGACCUUGGCUAUGUAUUAUGCGUGCUAAGUCACGCAAGAUCAGAGAAGAUACUAAAAGUAAACAAGAAGCUAUCCAAACUGAAGUCAAGUCAAAAUCAUUGACCAAUGGCAAAGACAAAUGCACUACUGAUGAAUCUGAGAAAAUAUACAAGAAUCUCAAAGAUAUUUUGACUGGACCAACAAUCGCUAAUAGCCAAUCAGUCCUAGCUGACAUAGAGCAAGCAGAGAAGCUUGGUAGAUGCACCAUUGAUUUUGAUAUAUGAUUCAGUAUCUGCAGGAAAUUUUGUUCAGACCCUUUUCACUACAAUCCUUGCAAUGGUUGGAAAAGCUGAAGAUUGGUCAGUGAUCUGUUGUAGCUUCUCUUCUUUUUCUUCUAUUCCAGCCUCCAGUUUCCCCAAACUGGGGCUCGCUCGAGCCUGGUGGUUGGGCCAUUGUGGGAGCCAACAAUUGGUCGAGUCUUUCUUAAUUUUUAUUUUAUUUUUUGGAGUUAGAACUUAGCUAGGCCUCAUCUUGUAACCCACACUAGUGUAAUUGAUAUCAUUUUUGUAGAAGAAAAAAAAGGUU